UUCCCGACACCACGGGCGGCGGCGCGUCGAUGGCGACACCGGUCCCGGCGGCGGCGGCGGCGACGGCGGCAACAGCAGCAGCCGCGCCGGCUGCGUCCCGCCGUCAGGGCUGGGUGGUUGAGGACUCCGGGUGCUGCUUCCGCUCCCGCGUGUUCCGCAUCCGGUACUGCUACGAGGAGGUGAAGCUGCAGACGGCGGUGCUCUGUCGCAUCUUUGUGGCCAAUCUGCAGUCGCUGUCCUCUUUAUCCGUGGCCCUGGAGUUCGAGCUGCUCUUCCAGGAGGCCAAUUUGGAAAAGGGUCCCGCAGAUCCCCUCAGAGGCCGAGAGGCUGGAACGACUGGCGGCGGCGUACGAGCCGCAGCCGCGGCGGCGACGGCGCCGACGCCGCCUUCGGCGGCGUCAUCAUCAGCGCCGGCAGCGGCGGCGGCUGCCGCCGCCGCCGCCGCCGCUGCACUUGCGGCGCAGAGCCUGCUCCGUGGUGCCGCGCCGCGCGCGGCGGCGGCGGCGCCGCUGGCACGGCUGAGCCACGGCUCCACUGCCGGCGGCGCUGCUGCCUCCGGCGGCAACGGCGCCGAAGGCGCUGCCGCCUCCACCUCCUCCGCUGCGGGGCACCACUCGGUUCCCUCAGUCCCCGCCUUCAUGCUGUUGCUACGGCAGCUACCUACGACGGCGGCGGCGUUGCAGCACCUGGACGGCGUCCUGGUGGGGCUCAGUGCGGACAGUCGUACAGACUGGGCCGUACUGAGCUGGGUGAUGCGGACACUGCCGAGGGAGCUGAUGCGUCACCUCAAGUUGAAGUGGGAGGCGGCGCAGCCGGAUGCGGUUCUGCCGUUCAUUGUGCGUUGGGGGGGGGAGGGGGGGUCAGGGAGGGAAGGCGGCGGCCUUUCGGUAUGGGACUCCAGUCCGUCACGGGACGCGAUUGCAGCCAAGGCGGCGGCGCACCGGCAGAAGCUGCGGUCACCUCGCUUCCGGCUGCCUGCCGUACAGCCCGCCUCGUUGUGGGGGGCCCCCGGGGAGCAACCCGUCCUGGUGGUGGAUGACUCGCAGGGCAUUAAGUGGUUGGCAGAAAGCGACUCGUACUUCGGCGAGGGCUUCCAACCCAGGCGGGACGAGGUCCACGUGGCCAUCUUCGUUCACGGCUUCCAGGGGGCCUCCACGGACUUGUGUCUGGUCAAGGCGCACCUGAUGCUCAUGUACCCCUACCUGGAGUGCUUCUCUAGCAAGACGAACGAGGGCAACACGCACGACUCGCUUCAGGAAAUGGGUAAGCGACUGGCCGGAGAGAUGGCGGAGUUCCUAGCGCCAUUCGCCCGAUCCACCCGACGACCUCUCCGCGAGAUCACACUCGUGGGUCACUCCAUCGGCAACCUCAUCCUCCGGUCCGCGCUAACCCAGCCCGAGUUCGAGCCGUACAAACAUUUGCUAUGGCUGUACAUCUCCGUAUGCGGGCCCCACCUGGGUUUUUUGUACGGCACGAAUGCGGUGGUGGACACAGGACUGCUGCUGCUUAAGAGCAUAGGAAAGGGCAAAUGCCUCCACCAGCUGACCUUUUCCGACGCGUCCCAACUGACGGACUGCUACCUCUACCGCCUCGCGCACGAGUGCCCCCUGUCCAUGUUCAAGCUGGUCAUUGCGGUGUCGUCGCCGCAAGACCGCUACGCGGAGCGUGACAGCCGCCGGGGGCGCUGCUAUGCUGAGAUGCUGCGCGCGUUGACGGCGGGUGUGGGCAGCGGCACACACCUGUUCCGACUGGCGGUGGACUUCAGUCUGCGGACCAAGAGCUUCAGCUUCUCAAAGCUAGUGGGCAGAACGGCCCACAUCGAGUUCAUCGAGAGCCAGUUGUACGUGGGGCUGAUGAUGUGGGGGCUGGUGCACAGAUACACCAUGCUGGCACCCUCGCCACAUAGCUGGCUGUAG